AUGGCUGUUCCCGGAAUACUCGGAGAAUACAUCGCUAAGAACUAUCGUCGCCUUCUCAUCUGCGUCGCACCGCCGCCACCCGAGCGAGACCCACAGCUCAGCGACAACGACGACCCGCCAAGGCCGCGGCGUAGACGCUCGUCAAAUACUCGCAGGUCAAGGGCGAGGCGUUCCGGCAGAGUCAAUGACGGAAACCCAGUGUCCGAGGAGAGGCGCGCCCCAAGGAUGGUUAGGGAGGACCCGUUCAGAGGCUGCGUCCAGUCUAGGCAGUCGGACGGACCGCGCCGCUCGGGCGACUUUGUCAUCCUGGGCUGCAUGCAGGUCUGACACCGGCGCCUGAAGUCGCUCGCUUUCAUUGUUGUAGAUAUAUACCUUCCCUAUUCAUCUCAGUAUUCGCACGCCGCUUCGUGCACAUAUAUCGCCGGCUCUGAGUGCGUAUGCUCGGGCGUUGCCAUGCCAAGCCCUGCCCCCCCACACUUACUCGCUGCCGCUUUACGCCCUCAUGCACGUGGCACGGGGAACGGCGCAGCCAUGCCAGUUGGGGGGGAUGCGAUGAGGCCGUGCGCAUCUGUGCGCGGUCUUAAUCCGCUACCCUGCUUUUAAUGUCUGUCAAUAAAGGAGAUGCAUUCGCUAGUCUAA